UGUCAUGUCGGCCAUGUUGAAUUUCUUGCAACGCAGGAUAUGUCAGCUGGCGGUUUGCCGUAGUAUUUCUCUAAAAAUCUAUACUAGAAGAUUAAAUUGAACGGUUUUCAGUGAUUUACUAUAAAUUUUAAAGUUAAAUCUCAUAGAUGAUACAAUGGUUUAGUUUGGUUUUAAAGUGAAAAUAUGAUAUUAUUGUAUAAGAGGUGGCAUGCGAUUUCUCUUGCAUUUUUAUGGUUUGUGACAAGAUAAAAUGGUUUUAGGCCUGACUAAAGUCUCGUAGUUUAUUGUUUCAUUUUCUUACAUUAUCGUUUUAAGUGAUUACAAGUGAUAACCUUUCGGUGAAAUUAGUUUCGUGUCCUAAGUUAAUGCACCUGUCAGUCAAAGAACGAUUAUUAUCCUGUCCCACAAUCUCGAAGGAAGAUCUGAUUUAUUUUAAGUAACCUUAUUGAAGACUACAAGAUGAACGGCUCUGACUCUGGGUUUAACCCAGCGUUCAACAUUGCCACCAUAAAGCAAGUGGUAAAUGAGGCCAUUGAGAGAGUCGCGCCGGUUUCAGUGCGGAUGCAGACGCCGACUCGCCUCCGGGAUCUGAUCCGACAAAUCCGCGCGGCCAGGACCGCGGCCGAGGAGCGGAGCGUUGUGAACAAGGAGUGCGCGUACAUUAGGUCCACGUUCAGAGAGGAGGACAGCGUUUGGAGAUGUCGGAACAUAGCGAAACUCCUGUACAUCCACAUGCUGGGCUACCCAGCGCACUUCGGUCAGUUGGAAUGCCUGAAAUUGAUCGCAAGUCCGCGGUUCACGGACAAGCGGGUGGGGUACUUAGGGGCCAUGCUGCUCCUGGACGAACGUCAGGACGUACACCUUCUCAUCACCAACUGUUUGAAAAAUGACCUCAACAGUAACACACAAUUCGUGGUGGGACUAGCACUAUGUACGCUCGGAGCGAUCGCGUCACCAGAAAUGGCACGAGACCUCGCCUCAGAGGUCGAGAGACUGAUCAAAUCCCCCAACGCAUACAUCAAGAAAAAGGCAGCCUUAUGCGCCUUCAGGAUUAUCAGACGUGUCCCCGAUCUGAUGGAGAUGUUCCUGCCAGCGACCAGGAGCUUGCUGACGGAGAAGAAUCAUGGCGUCCUUAUCACCGGGGUGACGCUCAUCACAGAGAUGUGCGAAAAUAGUCCCGACACGCUCAACCACUUCAAAAAGGAGAGCGGACAGCGCGAGAUUGUGCCGAAUCUGGUGAGAAUAUUGAAGAACUUAAUUUUGGCGGGUUACUCGCCCGAACAUGACGUCAGCGGGGUAUCGGAUCCAUUCCUUCAGGUUAAAAUCCUCCGUCUACUGCGAAUACUCGGCAAAAACGACGCCGAAGCGUCCGAAGCGAUGAACGACAUUCUCGCUCAAGUCGCCACUAACACGGAAACCAGCAAGAAUGUAGGCAAUACCAUCCUCUAUGAGACUGUCCUAUCCAUCAUGGACAUCAAAUCCGAGAGCAGUCUGAGAGUACUAGCUAUUAAUAUCCUGGGAAGAUUCCUGCUCAAUAAUGACAAGAAUAUCCGAUACGUGGCCUUGAACACGUUGCUAAGAACUGUGCAUGUCGACACAUCGGCCGUGCAGAGACAUCGGACCACGAUAUUGGAGUGCUUGAAGGACCCAGACGUAUCAAUACGUCGUAGAGCCAUGGAACUGUCAUUCGCACUCAUCAACGGACAGAACAUCCGAGCAAUGAUGAAGGAACUGCUGGCCUUCCUAGAGAGAUCUGACGCGGAGUUCAAGGCUCACUGCUCGAGCGCCAUGGUGUUGGCUGCAGAGAGAUACGCGCCCUCCAGCAAAUGGCAUCUCGAUACGCUGUUCCAGGUCUUGCUGAAGGCAGGCAACUACCUGCGGGACGACACAGUAUCCAACACUAUACAGAUAGUAUCGGCGGCGCCGGGGGAGAGACAGGCGUACGCUUCCAUGCGGCUGUGGACGUCUCUAGAACGAUCGGCCGUGUGUGCCGAUGCCACUGAGAAGCAGCCGCUCAUACAGGUGGCCGCGUGGACGAUCGGAGAGUACGGGGACAUGUUGGUAUCGGAGGCCAGCAACGCAAUAUCCAUGGUCGAUGACGAUGGUGUCGAUGACUUCACCCGUCCGACGGAAGAGUAUGUGAUAGACAUAUACCAGAAGUUACUGUGGUCCACACAGCUAUCCAUAACCACCAAGGAAUAUCUAUUACUUUCCCUGGCCAAACUGUCCACACGGUUCACCACACGACCAAGCCAGGACAAAAUCCGCGUAAUAAUUGACACGUUCGGUUCUCAUAUCCACAUCGAGCUGCAGCAGAGAGGGGUGGAGCUAUCACAGCUUUAUAAGCAAUAUGCGCACUUACGACCGGCGCUGUUGGAGCGAAUGCCGCCCAUGGAAGCCGCGACUGCGACGGACAGGGAACGAGACGACAGCGACACGGAGAGCGAGCAGCCACAGACGAACAUACAAACUGAACAGAACCCUCUUCUGGACUUGAUCAACGGCUCAGAACUACUUUCCAACGGCGACGUAGAACACCCGCCCGCUACAACCACCAACAACAACUCCAAUACCAAUGAUAUCUUGGACCUCCUAAGCGGGCUAGACCUCAGCUCGCCCACUAUGCCCACGCCCAGCGUGGCGGUGAGCGUGGCCAACAACAAUCUGACGUCGCCCUCUCUGCUGCUUGACGGGCUUUUUGCACCAGAGCCAACGGUCACAGAGCCUCAGGAGUGCGUGGUACGCGCGUUGGAGCGCAACGGCGUGCUGGUGGAGCUGUGCGCGCUGCGCGGCGGCGACACGGCCACGCUGACGAUGCGCGCGCGCUCGCACGCGGCCGACACCAUCACGGACUUUCUGUUCCAAGCCGCCGUGCCACGGACAUUCCGGCUAGACAUGAUGUCACCAUCGGGAACUGUGUUGACGCCCCAGGGAGAAAUCACACAAGUUCUCAAAAUUACCAAUCCGUCCAAGACACCUCUUCGUCUUCGGAUAAGAGUGUCAUACAGCAUCGACGGAAACCCAAUCUUAGAACAAGCGGAAGUGAACAAUUUCCCGCCGGACCUGUUCAACUGACGGCCCCGCCACCACCACCCGCGCGGCUGCACGGAUCUAUGAUUACACUAACUGAGAUAAGAGGUACUGACUUACGACCCGAUCCAUUCACACAUAGAUGAAUCAUAAUACAUGGUGACUUUUUAGUCUUCUUACAAAAGCAGACCACUUAUUCUACCUAAUGUGUGGCUAACUUUGUUGUACACAAACUCUAAAUUGACAUGUUUAAAUAUGUUGCUAUCCCUUUCAUAAUGCUUGUCUUAGAAAAUGAUAGCACUAGAUUUAACCUGUCAAUUGUUUAGUACAUUCUGUAGAUUGUGUACAACAGAAUUACAGUAUUAUCCACAAUAUCUACCUAUCCAUUAGUAAAAAUAUUCAAAAAAAAAUUUGAUCGUAAGUAUUAUUUAUGUUACAUAAUCGAGUUUUGCUUUAGUAAAUGAUCGGUGGACCGUGUUUCCACCACCAGUUUCUUUCGCUAUGAACAAAAUUAACAAUUUAUUUAAAAUUACAAUGUUUUUAUUUAACUUUUUUAUUCCUAAACGUUUAGGAAUAAAAAUAAAACGUUUAUUUCUUAAAUUGUGCCACACAUUACAUCUUAUAGUUAAUAAUAUCUUAUAGUUAUAGUAAUAGUUGGUUAUCCCGAUGCUUCCUCAGGAUAACUGAGGAAGUAUAAGAUUGAGAUGUAGACAGACUUUAUUAACUGGUUGAGUUUAUCUAGACAACUAUAAAGUCACUGUGUAUCAUGUAAGUAACGGGUACCAUGGUUAAAACCACAAUAGUUAACCAUUAAUGUCGAUAUUUCGACCCAGUUAAAUGGAUCUUGAUCUUGGUCAUAGCCACGGGCAGUCUAUUAUUACCUGCCUAACAAAACAAAAAUGUGAGAAGGAUAGAUUUAUUCGCUGUAGUGUACCGAGAAAGAGAUGGCAAUAAAGCAAUGUUGGCCGCGACGGGCGAAAAAAAGUCAAAUUACGGCGUUUUAUUAUUAGUUAUAUUAAACCAAAAUUAGUUUUUGGAAAUAGUUUUUUUUUUUUUUUUUACUAUCUAGGGGCAAAGAUAAGUGAAAAAUCAAAAAGUGCGCGUCGAAAUCUAUAAAAUCACGAACCAAUAAUUUAAACUAUGCUGUCAGUCAGUUACUUUGACAAAGGACAGCGGAGAAAUAAAUUCUAUCAAACCUGUGUACAUAGAAAAUACUUUCAAAGGUUGUAGUCAAAUGUAGUUUUAUCGUCGACGGCAGCUAUUAUUAUAUUUGCUUAAUGAUAUAUUACAAAGUUUUAACAGUUAUACAAUGGCGUCAAUCUCAAUUUUUUAUUCAUUUACCUACAAGAACUAAAUUGUAUCUGACGUAGAACUCUAUAGUUCUAACGGUCAAUUUUUCGAAGGUCUACUGUUGGCUGUGGGAUUGACGACUAUAUGAUGUUUUUAGUAAAACAGUAGGUAUGUGUGUGUAAAAUUAUUACAACCUUUUUAUUUACUAAAAUCCAUCUAGCAAAAACCCUUGAAAAAUUUUAAAAUAUAAACCCGAAUAAUUAUAUACAUAUGCAAUACUUAUAAGAAGAUAAAUUGUUGUUUUUUUUGAAAAUGCAUAAUUAUUAGAGAUGGACCAUUUCACAGGUAAAGUGUGAAAAAUUAUGUGAUAAGCCUUUUCAUAUGUAACACUUGCUACUCUUCUUACAGUAUGUAUUCUGUCAAGAAAUUUAAAAUAUAAAACUGAAAAUGAAUAUUAUAAAUUAUGAAUGAAUAAUUAAAUACUUAUUUGAUACUUGUAAGAAGAUAAAUUGUUGUGUUUUUCUUAAAAUGCAUAAAUUAAUUACUAUAGCUGAUGAACUAUUUCACAGGUCGUAUGUGAAAAAUCACGCGGAAAGCCUUUUCAUAUUAUGUAACAAGCCUUGCUACCCUUCUGGCCUGUCAAAAAUCACGAAUUUUAUUCUUCGUAAAAUUUUAAAUCUCACAGAGAUUAAAAACUGUUUUAUUGUUUAAAUGUAAGUAGCAAAUGAUUAUUAUAAUUGAGCAAAUUUAAAAAUUCACCUUCUGUGAAAUCACUGUGAAGAAGAAUAAUAAGUUUACCAAAUGAAAAUGAUUUUAAAGUAGCAAUAAUGCUCAUCUCUAAUAAUAAUUACAUAUUAAUAAAAAUAAAUAAUAGGCGCGCUAUUUGUGGGCAACACUUAAAAGUACUGAAUUUCCUAUUAGUGUGUGUGAAAUGUAGAGAUAAUAAUAUUAGCUGUCACUUAAAACAUUCCACUUUUUAGAAUAGUUACUUUUUUUUUGGGAAAUUAUAAUGAUAAGGUCCGUAACGUGCAUGAAAAAUCGUAUUUCUAAAUCUUUGCUGGCAUUAUAAAUAAUUUUUAUUAUUGAAUAGGAAAAUUGUAUUUGAAAAAAUCGGCUGUAAUAUUUUUCUAAUAUUUUGCAAAUAAAAAUAUUUUUGAAAUCAUAAUAUUUCUGUAUUAUAAAUAAUAAUCUCACAUAUAUAAAUAUGUAAUUACAUAUAUUCAUAUUUAUAAUAUUUUAUGCAAAAUAUUAUGUUCAAUCUUAGUUUAAAAAAUCAAUGUUACUUGAUUGACGCAUGCUAAAAAACGUUACGUAAAAUUUUUAAUAAUAAAAAAUAUGGACAAAAUGUCUAUUUAGAGAAACAGUUUUAACCGAAUUUGUCUUUCCUUUCGAAAAGAAAGAAAGAAAAAGAAAAACAUUUAUUUAAUCUGUAACAUAUACAAUCUCUAAAAUAAACUAAAUUGACAGAUUUAACGAUAAUAAAUUAUAGUAGCAUAGUGCCAUCCCUCUCACAAUGUUUCCUGCGAAAAAGGAUAGCACUAUUUAUAGACUUCAAAAGGUUUAGUUUGUGUGCAACCGUCAUUAUGUCAUUGUAAUAUUAAAAUUAUUACAUUAAAUUUUAUGCACUAUAUUUGAAUUCAAGUUGGUGUCUCCUACUUACUACUUGAGACGUGAUAUCAUCGAUGUAUAUGGAUGGGCCCUUCGAAGAUAAAAAACACGCUCAAAAAGUCAAGAGAAUUUGCAAAAGUCUCUUGACUUUGUCAAUGACGAUGACGUAAGAUUCAAGCAUAUUUUUGCGGACGGAAUUGUAUGGGAAAGGCUAAUCCAUAUACAUCGAUGCGUGAUAUUGAUUUAAUUUUUUUGUCAAAUACAGGUUUUUAUUCAUUGUUAUUCUAUACAUAUAAAACGGCUAAUUUUACGCUUUGGGCGACAUAUUUUAUGAAUGAAUCAAUUGAAGGCAAUAAAGAGAUAAAACUGGUGCCAGUGAAGAAAAAAAUCUAAAAUGGCGACGCUAAUCGCUACCUCUCACUCGCACACUAUACACAGGCAUAGUGUGUACAUGAAAUGGAAUGAUUAACGCCGCCAUUUUCGAUUCGUUGCUUUAUUGGCACAACUUAUGUAGAGGUAUUAUAUCAGAUCGGUUUAUAUAAAAACGUUCUGAUUCUCGUGAUUUGCGCUGUACAUAAAACUGAACGAAGUGAUUCGCUAACUCAGUGUCUAACGCUACAUGAUAGCCACCGAGCUCAUUUGACUUUGGUUAGUUUUAUAUUGCUGGUUCAUUGGAUGAUAUUAAAACAAUUUUUCAUAGAAAACCUUCAAUGGAUUAAAAAUAAACGUCUGAUGAGUUCGGUGGUAAUCAUUCAGUGUUAGACACUGAGUUAGCGAAUCAGUAGGCUGGUAAAUUGUAACAUACUUAUGUAUAGUGAGCUGGAUUGUGUGGGGAAUGUACUUAAUAGAUUAUUUUAUUAUUAACAAUGUAAUAUAAAGGUCGUUGCACACGCAACGGCAUAUGGGAUAAGGGUUUGAUAAACAGUGAUCUAAUAUGUAGGUUUCAAACACUCAUUCUGUUCCACUGAACUGUACUGUAGUAUAUAGGUACAGCUUGUUUAGUAUAGCCAGAAUGAAUGAGUGAGGGAACGGUGUGAUCCUGAAUCGACGAUAUGUUAAAUAUUAGGCUAUGGUGACGUAAAAUCAUAGAAAAAUAUGGCUACUAGCGUCAAAUGUAUUAAUAUUUGACGCCUGCCAGUGACGCCGAAGCCUCGAAGUUUUGUUAGAAGUUCCCUAACUGUCGUGAACUGUGGUAUACCUUUUACAUUCGCAAGGUGCCUAGCAACACUGUUCACGACACUACAUUAUUGUGUUAACAAAUUGGUUUGCUGAACAAGUCUCCGCUCUGCUCCGAUUCAGUGGAUAGGCACCCUUAGAGGCGUUUUGUCUUGUGAAGGUGAAUAGGUUCAUAAUGUUUAAAGCUCCCGUUGCGUGUGCAAUAAUGACCUUGAAACUAUAAUUAUCAAGUAAAUGCGUGUGAUACACUAAAUAGGUAUAUUCGUGAAUCGUUUGGAUUAUGUAAAGAAAUAGUGUAUUGGAUCUUGGUUUAAUACGUUAUACUGUGUUUAUAAAAAAUAAGUGGAUAUUUUACCCUAAAUACUAACCCCCUUUCUAAUAAACGUUGUAUAGUUACACAAUGUGGCUAAUUCUGCUGUACACAUUUUAGUAACUAAAAUGAUAGGUUUAAAAUAUAUAUUGUUAUCCCUUUUAUAAUUCUCCCUGUGGAGAAGGACAGCAUUAGAUUUAGACGUGUCAUUUUAGUUUAGUUAAGAUACUGUGUAAAACAGAAUAAGCCAUAUUGCGUUGUCUUCUUCUUUCGGGUGUCAAAUGCUGGAUGACAGAACGAGAGAAAUCUAUGUGUAACUAUUCACCCGUUUAAUAGUUUAACAAAUGAAGGCAAUAUUUAGCUCUCAAAGAUUGGAAUCAGUCGAUAACAUUGCUUUGAAUUGAUCCUGAAAAAAUUAUCACGUCAUCUGUCAAUAAAUCUGAUGGUUCUGGGUAAAUACCGGGCCUUAUCACAACUUAAACACGCUUGCCGAAAAUUUCGUCUGAUGCAAAGGCUCAUAAAGUCUACGAUUUUUUUUUUUCAACCCCGUCUUUGGUUAUCAAUUGAGCUAAAUAAACCCGAAUAUUAUACAAGUAUUUAGGUGUUUUGUUAAAUGUAGUUUUGUUACGAAUUCACUGCUUCAAACGCUAGGUAAAUAGGUAUUUUAUAUUGUAUUUUAGGUUAGUCCUUCCUUUAAGAUAAUGAGAAUUUUUUAUUCAGUGACAAUUGUAAAUAAAUACAAUAUGAAAUGUGAAAGAACAUAAUAUUAUAAUGUAGAAUGAAAGCAUAUAGUCUAUAAUUAUAGCUCCUUUACAUUACAAGAACUUUUUAUAAGACAAAAAUCUGAAGCAGAGCGAAACGAGCUCUUGCUUUUGACUAUAGUAAUCUGUUUGGUCGUAAACACGUGUCUCCGCUCUACUUGGCUUCAUUGGAAACGCGCCUUUACUGUGCUUGUCAUGUGAAGCAGAGUAAAGUGGGACAUAUUCAGCGGACCAAUCAGAUUAUUUGUAGAUGGCCUAACACGUCAUGUUUUAACAGUGCGAUUGGUCCAUUGAAAACAUCUUCGAUUCAAGACUUCAAACUUGAGCGACAUUUAAAAUGUCUUUACGAUUUAAUAAGCUUGUUAAUACAUAAGUAUUUCUUGUCUAUUGUCUUACAAGAAGUUCUUAGUGUGUACUACUACUUUAUUUUAUUCCCAAGUUAAUAUUGUUUGGGACGUUUUAUCAAUUAGGCUGUUAAUUUUCAUUAUUUUUAAAUCUUAUUUAUGUUAAUAAUUAACCAGCACAGUUUUAAAAAUAUACAUAACCUUAUUGUAAAUUACACAUUAAUGAAAUAAGUUAAAUCCAUGAAGGUGUGAUUAUUAUUUUUUCUUUGUAUUUUAAAGGCUUUUACACAUUUUAGUGUUUGUCACGUUCGAAAAAAAGUAUGUUAAAUCGAUUU